GGACUGAGCCGCAGAUAUCUACGAGGAGGAGGAGCAGCAGUCGAAGUUUAACUUUCCUACAGAAGGAAAAGACCUAAACCAAACGAGAAGGGAGAGUUUUGACGUCUGGACGAAGCGGAAUAUCGCAUCUUGUUGGCAUGGAAUGACACCUCGAUCCCCGGGAUCUUUGGAAAAACAACGAUGGCAACCAGUUUUGUGAAGUGGAUCAGUCUCACCUCUCUGCUCUGCCUGGGCUCCUGUGUGCUGGCGGAAAAGAAAGUGUGCCAAGGAAUCUCUAAUCGCUUAAACCUUCUGGGCUCCAAGGAAGACCACUACCAGAACAUGGUGAAGACCUACAGCAACUGCACUGUAGUCCUGGAGAAUCUGGAAGUGACCUACAUGGAGGAGCACCGUGACCUGUCCUUCCUCAGGUCAAUUGAAGAAGUGGGCGGUUAUGUCCUGAUCGCCCUCAACACAGCCCCAAGGAUUACUCUGGAAAACCUGCGUAUCAUUCGCGGUCAUUCUCUCUAUGAGGGAAAGUUUGCUCUCACUGUUCUUGCCAAUAAGGACAAAGCUACAGGUCAGAGCACCAGAGAGAUUGUUCUCACCAGCCUGACGGAAAUUCUCGAAGGAGGCGUUAAGUUCGGGUCCCACCAGCUGUGCAACGUGGAGACGAUUCAGUGGUACGAUAUCGUCAACGCGGACCGCAAACCCGUCAUGGAGCUGCCGGAGGCCAGCAACAAUCCACUUUGUAAACCAUGUGACUCGAGCUGCUUCAAUGGUUCAUGUUGGGCAUCUGGUCCUGAAAACUGUCAAACUUUAACAAAGCUGAACUGUGCACAGCAGUGCUCUAAGAGAUGCAAAGGACCUUCACCGAGCGACUGCUGUAAUGAGCAUUGUGCUGCCGGCUGCACAGGACCACGGCCCACUGACUGUCUGGCUUGUCGGGACUUCCAGGAUGAUGGGGUGUGCAAGGACUCGUGCCCGGGCCUCUGGCGCUACGACCCCAAUCUGCACCAGCUGGUGCCCAACCCACAUGGAAAGUACAACUUCGGGGCCACGUGUGUCAAGAGCUGCCCUCAUAACUAUGUUGUGACGGAUCAUGGGGCCUGUGUGCGGACGUGCAGUGGUAAUACAUACGAGGUGGAUGAGGGCGGAGUCAGGAAAUGUGCCAAGUGUAUCGGACUGUGCCCCAAAGUGUGUAACGGACUCGGCACAGGAGACCUGGUGCGCACGCUCUCUAUUAACGCCACCAACAUCGACUCCUUUAAAAACUGCACAAAAAUAAACGGCAACAUUGCCAUCAUCAAAACGUCCAUUCAUGGGGACACAUAUACCAAAACACCGAAGAUGGACCCCGCCCAGCUUGAUGUGUUCAAGACAGUUAAGGAAAUUACUGGAUACUUGUGGAUUCAAACGUGGCCAGAGAGCUUGAGCUCACUCAGCCCCUUUGAGAAUCUGGAGAUCAUUCGAGGAAGAACUAAACGCGGGAGCCGCAGUGUGGUUGUGACUCAGCUCGGCAUCACCUACCUGGGCCUUCGUUCACUCAAAGAGAUUAGUGAUGGCGAUGUGGUGAUCUUUAAGAACCAAAACUUGUGCUACACCAAUAAAGGCCACUGGGAGGCGCUCUUCAAAUCAAAAAGCCAAAGUGCCACUGUUGGGGAAAAUUCUAAUGCUGACACAUGUGAUCUGAGAAACAACACUUGCGACAGGAAGUGUACCACAGACGGCUGCUGGGGUCCCGGCCCAGACAUGUGCUUUGCCUGCCGUGACUACAGCCGCGAUGGGAGCUGUGUUGACUCCUGCAACAUCCUUGAGGGAGAGUCACGGGAGGCAGUCGUGAACAAAACCUGCGUGGAGUGUCACCCCGAGUGUCGACGCAUGAACGGGACUGCAACCUGUAGUGCACCUGGUUCUGGAAAUUGUACUAAGUGUGCCAGCUUCCAAGAUGGACUGUUCUGUGUGCCUCGCUGUCCCCAAGGCGUGCCAGGGAAGGAUGAAGCACUUGUGUGGAAAUACGCAGAUGAGAUGAAAGUGUGCCAGCUUUGCCACAAGAACUGCACUCAAGGGUGCACCGGCCCUGGUCUUGAAGGCUGCCAUAUUAAACGCCCAUCUGGUCUGUCCAUGGUUGCAGCUGGUGUGGUUGGAGGGCUGCUGGCUGUUCUUAUUGCAGGCCUGUCUGUUUUCGUGUUGCUACGCCGACGCCACAUCAAGAGGAAGAGGACCAUGCGCAGGCUGCUCCAAGAGAGAGAGCUGGUUGAGCCUCUAACUCCGAGCGGAGAGGCACCGAACCAGGCUCUGCUGCGGAUCCUGAAAGAGCCUGAAUUUAAGAAAAUCAAAGUGCUGGGAUCAGGCGCUUUUGGCACAGUUUAUAAGGGCCUGUGGGUUCCAGAGGGAGAGGAUGUGAAGAUCCCAGUGGCCAUCAAGGUUUUAAGAGAGGCCACAUCACCAAAAGCAAACAAAGAGAUCUUGGACGAGGCGUAUGUGAUGGCCAGUGUGGAACACCCUCAUGUGUGUCGCCUGCUUGGCAUCUGCCUGACCUCCACUGUGCAGCUCGUCACCCAGCUGAUGCCAUUCGGCUGCCUGCUGGACUACGUCAAAGAGAAGAAGGACAACAUUGGCUCUCAGCACCUGCUCAACUGGUGUGUGCAGAUUGCCAAGGGUAUGAACUACCUGGAGGAGCGCCACUUGGUACACCGUGACUUGGCAGCCAGAAACGUUCUAGUGAAGACUCCUCACCAUGUCAAGAUCACAGACUUUGGGCUGGCUAAACUCCUCAAUGCAGAUGAGAAGGAGUACCACGCAGAUGGCGGCAAGGUACCAAUAAAAUGGAUGGCUCUCGAAUCUAUCCUGAACAGGACGUACACACACCAGAGUGAUGUAUGGAGCUAUGGUGUGACAGUCUGGGAGCUGAUGACAUUUGGGACCAAACCGUAUGAUGGGAUUCCAGCCAAUAAAAUAGCUGGAGUCCUAGAGAAAGGGGAGCGACUGCCUCAACCGCCGAUCUGCACCAUAGAUGUUUACAUGAUCAUGGUGAAAUGUUGGAUGAUUGAUGCAGACAGCAGACCUCGGUUUCGGGAACUAAUAGCCGAGUUUACAAAGAUGGCACGGGAUCCGUCUCGUUAUCUUGUCAUACAGGGGGACGACCGCAUGCACCUACCGAGUCCCACAGACACUAAGUUCUACCGUAGCCUGAUCAGUGGGGAGGACAUGGAGGACGCUGUGGAUGCAGACGAGUACCUGAUGCCACAACAUGGCUUCUUCAGCAGUCCAAGCACCUCCCACACGCCACUGCUUCACUCAACAAGUCUCAACAGCAGCAUCGGAACAUGUCAUGGCAGAAAUGGAUUACAAAAUGGAUUCCUGAGCAGAGACGGGAGCGUUGUCCUCCGGUACAUUCCUGACCCCACUGACAAAUUUCUCGAUGACGCCUUCUUGCCAGUACCGGAAUAUAUUAACCAGAACGGAAUCUCAGACAUGAUGAAUCCCAUUUACCAGCAACCGGGUCCGCCUCGCACACUCCUUCCCACUAUCUCCUCAGACGACACAGAGACGGAAUACCUGAACUGCUUUAAGAACGGGGCCGAUGGGCCCGAGUACCUAAACGACAUCCCAUCCCCCGCCAUCCUCCCACAUACCGCCAACGGCAAAGUCCACAGCAUUCAGAAAUACCAGAACAGCAUAGACAACCCUGAUUACCAACAGGACUUCAGCCCCAUGUUCAAGACACAUGCAAACGGACACAUCCCAGCGGCAGAGAACGCAGAGUAUCUGGGUCCAGACUGACGACUGGGAUGGAUGCGAAUGAGAAAUGAAAGACAGUUUCCUGAGCAGUGGUGUCUUUGAUGGGAGAGCAUAUACCUAACUAUAUACCAUCAGUUUCCAUACAUGUCGUAUCCUGUCUCACAGAGUCAGGUGACACUCUGCAGCUUUCCAUGUUGUUUGCAUGUUGUCAUAACUCAUGUAAAACUGGUCCCAUUUCAAAGACUUUUCUUCUUACAGUCAAAUAAUAAAGGGCCUUUUCUUUGUCUUGAUGAAAGCUGGACGAACACUGAUUCAUGGUAUGACUCAGUUGACCUGAGAGUUUCUGGACGAGACCGAACCGUCUAAAAGUGGUGCCCCCCCCCCCUGUGAGAAAGUGAAAAUCUCUUUUGAAUAUCUCAGAAAAUGCUCUACUCAAAAUGCUGUACAUGACCCAAAUGUGACUGUGGAGGAAUUCUGAUCGAAGGAUGUAAAUGGCUGAAUUCUUUUGCGAGGCAGAAGCUUCUUUUGCAAAGGAAAGACACUGGUAGCUCAGCCCGGAAACACACACUUUAGGUACACAUGUUUGUAGAAUCACAGAUCACAGGUUCAAGAGACACAAUCAGCAAAGAGUAUUGAUACGUUUGAAAUGAAAGGGUUUGACGACACACAGUGGAGCACUCCGCUUGACACUGAUAUGAAGCCUCACAGAACAAUUUAUCUCUGAAGUCAGGAAGAUGAUGAAAGGGGAGUGAGAUACUGGAUUGACUGUUGGGCCCUCAGGGGCCUGAUGACACUCUUCCUGAAGGAUGAGUCAGUGAGAACGCAGGAUGUCGCAAUGUGUCGAAUGUACUGUCAGUUUAAAGGGGAAUACUGUUGAAUUAUAAUCUAUAUAACUUUGAACAUGUUACCUUUUGUGCUCUAAGAUAGUUCUGUGUGUGUGUGUGUGUAUGUGUAUGUGUGUACUUGUAUUUGUUACCUCUUUAGGACCCUUUCUGGCAUUAACAAUGACCUUGUCAAGGCCAGCAGUCCUCACGGAGGCCAAAACCUGGUCCUAAUGAGGCAGAAACUUAUUUAUGAGAAACUUGUUAAGUUUAGGGCUAAGAUUUAAAUUCAGGUUAUGGUUAAGGUUAUAGAUGACACUUUGUUUAGGUUGUCCAAGUGAAUGAAAGUCAAUGUAAGUCCUUAAAAGGAUAGCUGUGUAAACCCGGGUGUUUGGUUGUGUGAGUCAGCCCCUCUUGUUUGCCCUUUUGUGUGAUACCACGGCAACUAUGUUUGGAAUGCGUUGAUAAAUAUGGCAAAUGUGACUGUGGUCAUAUUCACACUGCUCCGACUUUUUGUUGCUGAAACAGUGUCACACUUUUUGUGGAAAAACAUAAUGUUGGCUAAACUAAACUCUAUACUUUUAGUGUAUUAGUUUACUUUCUUUUCCAGCCCUGUUACAAGUUAUUCCCCAUUAAUAGAAAAAAAAAAAUUGAAUACUCCAGACUAAACUGCAAGUUUGUACAUUCUCUCUACAACCAUUCCAGUUGAUUUUUGUGUUUUUUUUUAAAUGCUGUCUUAUUUAAUUACUGUCUUAGUUCAUGCGAGUAACUUGUUUGUAAUUUUUAACACAAAUAGUAUUUCCCUGUAAACCUGAUAUAUUUCAGAGACAGUUUAAAUAGUUCUGUGUCACUUGAGAAACUAAGAAUGUUUCUGAUGUUUGUGUUAAUCUAUUCCAUUACUGGGAGAUUUUUCCUUGACUUUUUUUUUUCCCCAUUGGUAUAGAACAUUGUUUCACGCAGGAUGUUGAGACUACCAUUUUGCUCCUAUCUGUAAAGUCUUUCAAGAGCAUUAACUUAGAAAAUGUUAUUCCUAGUUUUAAAGGGAUAUCCUAUUGUAGCAAGCUGUAAAGCCUACCUUUGCUGAUUUUACACAGGUACAUGUACAGAAAACAGUAGAUGUUGCUGUAAUAUACUCCGAAACAGUUACCUAUAAUUUAUCAGUACACGAUUUUGUCACAUCAUAAGUGAAUAUGCACUUGUUUCUUAAUUGUAAAAAGUGAAUAUGAAUAAAUAUUUUUUUUCUAUGGAAAUAGAUGUGUGUAAUUAGCUUUCAAGAUGAUUGAAUGAAGAGUGAAACCUCUCUGAUGACGUUUUGCGACCACAAUGGGAUUUGCCAUUGAUGAACAAAUCAAUAGUUGCUUGUGUAAAAGGACCUUAAUUUAGUCUCACUUGUAUUGUGGUAGGUCAUCUGUUCAAAAGUGAUGCUUUUAUUUUGAAACGGUAAAAUACCGGAAGUCUGAGAAAGUGCCAAUUAAGACUGCCAGUCUUUAAGUUGUUUUAGUGCCUGGCUGACAAUGGCACAAGGUCUGUAUAUGUCUAAUUUGGUAUUAUGUGUGUCUUGAGUUGGUUUUAAUCUCAGUUAGUACUUUUAGUUAGUAGUAAUUCAGUCAUGUGAAUGUGAAUGUUAUGCUAGUAGCAUCACUUCAUCAUUACGUUAUUAGCAUCAUCCUAUGUGUGAGUUAUUUGCACAGUUAACUCUUUUAUAUGCACAGAUAAUCAAGAAACUGUUUUGUUUUGUUUUGUUUUGUUAUUGGAAUAUUCCUAUAGUAUGGUUUUGUUUACUGAAAUAUUAGCAAUCCAGUAGAGGAAGAGGAGGAGUUAAAGGGAGCUAGUUCCUAUGCUCAUGUGAGUAAAAACUAUUAAUUUUAUUUCAUUUGUUGUCUUUUCACCAGCUCUAAGGAUGCUGACAUUUCAGAGAGAGGAGGCGCACAAAAAGGAAAAAAGGGGCUCAUUCAUCUUUAUGAACAUUGGAAGACCGAGGCUCACAAGGCCAGAGAGCAUCUUAAGUCAGACUUAAGUGAGAGUAAAUUUGCAAGUCUUACAGAUAUUCUGGAAAAAUUAAAGAUGAUGUCAUUAACAUUUAUAUGGAAAUAAGAGAUCAAAGGAUAUUUUUAAAAUAGCCCAUUAAAGGAUAGUAGCCAAUAAGCAUAGAUGAAGAGUUUGACUGUGAAAUAGUAAGGUAACAAGCUGCUUAAGCGAGGUGCUUAAUACAGAUUAUGCUUACUCAGUCUAUGGUUCCACAUGCUCACCUUCAAGUAAAUACACAAGGAAAUCAAGUCAACACUCCGCAACCUCCAUUGUCGCAGCUAUAAGAGCAGAUGCUGCAGCAGCAUUACCAGCAAAACAAAAAGAAAGGAUUCAGCUUUUAGAGCAACAACAAAGAAAGGAUCUUGAGGCUCAAAAACGUGAACUGGAAAGACUAAAGGCAGAAAGGGAUAUUAAAGCUGCAAGAGCUAGAUUGCAAAUGUGGUUGUCAGGGUUUGAAGAUAGUAUGUUAAUAGAAUAAAGAACAAAUUCCACUAAACCUAUUGUUGCCUUUUUUGGCCCCAAAUUGUCCCUUAAACAGCAUUGGUCAUUGUGUGUGUGUGUGUGUGUGCGUGUGCGUGUGCGUGUGCGUGCGUGCAUUUUUAAGUGUUUGUGGCAGAUUUGGAUGCCUUGAAAAAAAAACAGGCAAACAUGAAGUUCAUACUCUUACACUUCAAACUUAGACUUUGAUAAGCAGCUAUUAUCAUAAAUUGAUAUAAUUGAAGUGAUUACCUGACCGUGCUCUUUCACUCGAAACCUGUGCACACAUUCACAGCAUUACAAAGAUGCUGAAGAGCCAUUCAUUAUACAGAGGGCCUUUAGAGAAAAACUGGCAAACAAAAAACAUCCCAAAGAUGCAGAGGGAUUAAGAGCAUUUGCUGAUUUUCAUCAGUACUGAGCCACAUGUAUUCUGCAUGGAAGUUCAUCUCUUUGGCGCAGCAUCAGCCUGCUAGUGCUAAUUAUGGGUUGAAACCUCUUGCUAAGGAGCAUGAAAGCCUGUUUCCCCCAUGUUCACAGUCCAUCAUGAAAUACUUCUAUUUUGAUGAUGGUGUUACAAGCAUGCCAACGGUAGACGAAGCUAUUCAGCUUGCAAAGGAAGCUCAGAAAAUCUGUGCUGCAGCCGGUCUGAGACUUGUGCAGAAUUUGUACAGCUUGAGUGAGCUUUAGAGAACUAAACCCUCUCACUGUAUACUGCAUGUGUUGUGCAAAUAAUCAGUGACAUCAGUGAGAGCUUAUCAGAAGAAGUCAAAGAGCAGGUCGCUCCUCAGUUUGCCCUAAAUUAAUGAUUAUACUGCACACAACAUAUAAUUCUAAUAUAUUAAAUAUAUAACAUUUGACAAUAUGCACACUGUAUCAGGUGAAUAGAAACCAUCUGAGAAAGUCUAAAUAUAUAAAUGCUGAGGUAGGGUUCUUCAGCUUUUCUCAUUUAUAUCAGUGAAAAUAUGUGACCAGCUCAAUCAGCAAAACCGGGAAAUAUUGUUACUGAUUAUAACAGUUAACUUGCUUGCAAACUAUUUCCUGCCUCAUCAGGACUGUUUGGAUGUGCUUUGAUCCGAUCCGAUUGAUUGGUUUACAAUAUCAUAUGGAGGGUGCAUUCACAACAACAAGUUGACCAUUAAUCCAAUCUUGUUUGAAGGGUAGAUUGUAUCAAUGUACCAGUUAAUGUAAUGUAACAAAUGUAAUGUAUUGGAUCUUACAUUUUUAAGAAAUGUUCAAAGAAAUUCUGAAAUGUGUGUCUGUGUUUUUACUCA